AUGGGUUGGCUGAAAAGAAUUCUCCAGGGUUCUACUUCCAAAUCCAGAUGGAGAUCUAACGGAAGCUGCUGCGAGGUUGAAGAUCGCCGUUCUUGCUCCGAUGGGCCCAGCGACGCGGAGGCAAUACAAAAGGACGAAUCGACAGAGGGCGAGGAAACAGACUAUCAAAUUGCCCGCAUUCGCUCCUUCUCAGAAGACGGUCUAGCGUACAAUCUCUAUGGAGCAACAUCGACUGAGGACUGGGUUCGAUACGAAGAACUGAAAUGGGACGACAACGAAGAUGAACGACCUACCCAGUCUUUCCAACAAAGUUUGGCUUUGGAAUCAUCCUCCCUGUGGAACAUCGCAAACAUAUCCCAACCUUUCCCCUACGCGUUUUAUCCCGACAAUGGGCAUGCCUUUCUGCAUCCAGAACGCGUCUACCCUUAUGCUUCCCAUGAUUCGCUCACCGGUCACCACGAGGUUUUUGUUUCUGGGGAUCACUCUAUUUAUCAGAAUAUUGAGAAAGACCACCACCUCAACCACGACUACUGGCACCACCCUCGCCCAAUAUGUUUUGUUUGUGGGCAACCUAUCCCAGUGGAUGUAAAUGGCCGUCUUCUGUUCCGUCAACAUCCUUUUUGGCGACAAAAGUAUUGUCUUUCGCAUGAGACAGAUGGGACGCCUUGUUGCUGUGGUUGCGAAAGAUUGGAGUCCUUAAACCUUUAA